AUCUUCCCUCCUCCCCGUCGUCUCCCUCUCUCUCUCUCUCUCUCUCUCUCUCUCUAGCUCCGAAGCUCUCGACAAUGGCGUCGGCCUCCUCCUCCGCCGCCGCGGCCGCCGUCGCGCCGACGCCGUUGCUGAAGGACGAGCUGGACAUCGUGAUCCCGACGAUCCGGAACCUGGACUUCCUGGAGAUGUGGCGGCCCUUCUUCCAGCCCUACCACCUGAUCAUCGUGCAGGACGGCGACCCGUCGAAGGUGAUCAAGGUCCCCGAGGGCUUCGACUACGAGCUCCACAACCGCAACGACAUCAACCGCAUCCUCGGCCCCAAGGCCUCCUGCAUCUCCUUCAAGGACUCCGCCUGCCGCUGCUUCGGCUACAUGGUCUCCAAGAAGAAGUACAUCUUCACCAUCGACGACGAUUGCUUCGUUGCUAAGGAUCCAACUGGCAAGGACAUCAACGCGCUUGAGCAGCACAUUAAGAACCUUCUGACUCCAUCCACACCGUUUUUCUUCAACACCCUUUACGAUCCAUACAGAGAUGGUGCCGACUUUGUUCGUGGAUAUCCCUUCAGUCUCCGCGAGGGCACACCAACCGCUGUUUCCCAUGGCCUCUGGCUCAACAUCCCUGAUUAUGAUGCCCCCACUCAGCUCGUCAAGCCUCUUGAGAGGAACACUAGGUUCGUGGAUGCUGUCAUGACAAUUCCAAAGGGAACUCUCUUCCCUAUGUGCGGGAUGAACUUGGCAUUCAACCGUGACUUGAUCGGCCCUGCUAUGUACUUUGGCCUCAUGGGUGAUGGUCAGCCAAUUGGGCGCUACGACGAUAUGUGGGCUGGCUGGUGCACCAAGGUCAUCUGUGAUCAUUUGGGAUUGGGAGUGAAGACAGGACUCCCCUACAUCUGGCACAGCAAAGCCAGCAAUCCGUUUGUGAACCUCAAGAAAGAGUACAAAGGCAUCUACUGGCAAGAGGAGCUGAUCCCAUUCUUCCAGUCCGUGACCCUUCCCAAGGAGUGCACCUCCGUCCAGAAAUGCUACAUCGAGAUCUCUAAGCAAGUGAAAGCCAGGCUCAGCAAGGUUGACGAGUACUUCAACAAGCUGGCUGAUGCCAUGGUCACAUGGGUCGAGGCAUGGGAUGAGCUCAACCCAUCUGGGAAAGAAUCUGCUGCCGCACCCAACGGCGCUGCAAAGUAGAGAUUUGUUUCUUUGACAGGCAUUUUUCUCUCGAAUAGUGCGGAUCCUGUACCUUCAGUCUUAUUAUUGCCGUCCUGGUUUUUUACCCUUUUGACUCUCAAGAGCAUCAUUUACAUGGCGGGUUUGAAGCCUUCUUUUUGUCUUAUUUAUUAUAUUUAUGUUACUAUGAGAUCAGAACAAUAAGGUUAUUUAGGGAUUCUGUACUGAAUUAGAUUGGGCAUUUUGAUGAGAUUUAAUUUCAAUAUGAUUGAGAUGA